AGAGACAUAUUUUUUACUUCCUGGACAGAGUCGCGAACUUCAUAAUUUCCCCUUUCUUUCGAAGAACAUCUGCAAUGGAGGAUUACUGUGCUUUGGAGGAGUGCAAUGACGAGAUGACACCUCGUGUUGACAUUAAAAACUUCGAGCCGGUCUCUGAAACGACUCAUGCCAUCGGUCCCGACGAACGAGAACGCGACGGAAAGGGCGACGCCGGGAACGAGUCAUGUGGUUCCAACGACUCGUACGACCCCAGCAGGGGCUCGUGGGGAGGCUGGCUGGAGUUCAUCUUGUCCGUAAUGGGUUAUUCCAUUGGCCUGGGUAACGUGUGGCGGUUCCCGUACUUGUGCUACGAAAAUGGGGGAGGGGCAUUCAUCAUUCCAUACCUGCUCAUGAUAACGUUUGUGGCGCUGCCGAUUAUUUUUCUGGAGAUGAGUCUUGGCCAGUUCUCGAGUUUGGGAUGCAUAAGUGUAUGGCGAUUCAGCAGGCUUUUCAAAGGUGUCGGGUUUGCUAUGACCUAUGUAUCGGCCUCUUUCUGUCUCUACUACAACAUCGUUCUAGCCUACUGCAUCUAUUACCUAGUCGUGUCCUUCUACAACCCCCAACCCUGGGUGGGAUGCGACCACGAGUGGAACACGGAGAACUGCUUUGAGAGAUCCUCCCGCAAAGAAGGCUCCGUCGCCAACAUGAGCACGACGGAGGUUCCGUUUCUGCCCUACGCGACGGCGAGGACUAUGUACGAUGACAAUUUCACCACGCCCGGCAAUGUGACAAGAACACGUGUGCGGGCUACGGAAGAAUUCUGGAAGCUAAAGGUGCUUGGGCUGUCAGAUGGUCUGCAUGAUCUUGGCUCCAUCCGUUGGCAGCUUCUCCUGUCCUUCCUCGCUGCCUGGGUUCUCAUCUACGUCUGUAUCUCCAAGGGAAUCAAGUCCUCAGGAAAGGCUGUCUUUUUCACAGCUACAUUUCCGUACGUGUUGCUCUUCAUUCUUCUGGUUCGAGGAGCGACACUCGAAGGGUCUAUGCAAGGGGUACUUUUCUUCAUUAAACCGGACUUCAAGAAACUUGGUGAAGCUAAGGUAUGGCAGGCGGCAGCGAACCAAGUGUUUCUUUCCUACAGUCCCGGGUGGGGUGGCAUGCACACACUGGCAAGCUAUAACAAAUUCAACAACUACUGUUACAGGGAUGCCUUUAUGUUUUGUAUUUCGUGCGCCUGUACCAGCAUCUUCUCUGGCUUUGUGAUCUUCUCCAUCAUAGGCUUCAUGGCCUAUGACUCCAACACUAAAGUUGAGGAUGUGGUUGACGCUGGUUACGGUUUGGCAUUUGUUGCAUUCCCGGAGGCAGUGACCCGGAUGUGGGCCCCACAGCUCUGGUCGGUUCUUUUCUUCUUCAUGCUCAUUAUCCUUGGAAUGGAUAGUCAGUUCGUGUGCUUGGAGACCCUGAUCACGGCCAUAACUGACGAGUUAGCGGAGGUUUGGCCAAACACUAGACGGUGGAAAGGAUGGAUAACCUUUGGGACGUGUCUCACGAUGUUUUUGAUUGGUUUGCCACUCGUCACACAAGGCGGGAGCUAUGUGAUGGAACUUUUAGACUGGUAUGUGGCGGGCUUUUCGCCUAUGGCAACGGUAAUGUUCGAAGUCUUGGUAGUGUCCUAUAUAUAUGGUGUCAAACGAAUUGCAGGUGAUAUCAGAGCGAUGCUGAACUUCACACCGUCACUCUUCUGGCAGCUGUGCUGGAUGUUUUUUAGUCCAGCACUAUUAACGUUUAUCAUCGUGUUCGCCUUUGCCAAUUAUGAGCCCCCUAAAACCAAUAAGUACACCUUCCCACCGUGGGCUGAUGCGUUAGGAUGGUGCCUCGCGAGUGUUGUAUUGGUUUUCAUUUUCGUUUAUGCCGUCUACUACCUGUGUAAGGCAAGAGGGACUUUUGUUGAGCGAGUGAAGCUUGCCGUGAAACCCUCUCCUGACUGGGGGCCACACCUGAACAAGAACCGAGUGAAGGCGGGCUACGCCCCAUUACCAGGCCGUGGACCGUACCCGGAGAUCCUAGUUGACCAGGAGGACGCCGUGCACUGGCCCGUCACUGACUUGACCAAGUCAAAGUCUGGAUGUGAUGACUGUGAACAGACGGACAACAUGGACAGCAACCCUGGUCAACAAGAUAGCAUUGUGUGAUCACUGCACCAGUGACUUAAAAGCUCGUUUUGAAAGAGCCCAGUUACGAUACUCUAUUGGUGUUGGGCCAGAAUACACUUAAUAUUAAUGUGGUAAGCGACCAAUACACAUAAGGUUAGCAUCCCCGCCCCCCUUUUUAGACACACCCGUUAAACUGCGGUAAAAAGGGCUUGACAACGUGUCAGAGUGGCCAUCACACAAACGACCUUUGUGACACGGUGCAGAUCGUGCCACCUAUCAUUUCGAUGCGAAUGAUGUCAGGAAAAUGUAAAAAACAAGGGAGUGCACAGUUAGUUCACCGUAGCUGGCUGUCAUGCCUUGCUGUGUGAAUUAAACAAAAUCAAUUUUGUAAAAGGCAUGUUAUUCACUUGAUUAUGAGUGUUAUAGUUUUCAUCAAUAACUGCGUCAUUUGGAACUGAAUCUCGUAAGUGAGAAAGGAAGACGGGGAAAAACCCUUCGGCCCGCUUCUGAAAAAUGAAAGGCCAUGGACGCUAACCAAUAUUUUUUAUGUGGCCUAACCCAUGCACAAUUAGGAAGUCAUCAUCAGGAAAGUUAUACUUAUGGUAUGUACGGUGCUUGCAGGUUGAUUAUACUGCAGUUGUUGAAAGCUCAUAUACAUAGAAAUAUAUACCAACAUAUACCAGAAAUAAUUAUUAACAGAAAACUACUCAUGUAGGCCUACUCUGCUACACUGACCAUUAUUAGGACAAAGGUCGUUGGACUGGAUUUUGUUCAGUUCCCUAGGGAAUACACAGUGGGUCUUAAGAUCUUCUGAACAAAUACCUUUUUAGUUCCACACUUGAGUUUCGUGGCGUAAUACCAGACGGGAAGGGAGAAAUAUCUAUUUUUAAAUUGAUAUUAGUUGUAGUAAAUUUUAGUUCUAUAGCUUUGUUUGAUGCAUACGAGUCAUGAUGUGAACAAUAUUUAUGGUUUCUAUGUGCGCGCGCCACUACGCUACUCAGCGACAGUUACAAAAUAUAAGUAAAAUAUUUAAAAGGGGUGCAUUAUUAUUUUAAUGGCAGUGAAAAAGGAGAGGCCACGAAUGGUAACAGGGAUCGACUGUGCUAAAAAGUUUCUUUCAGUUAGAGGAUCUUUUUUAAGGUGUUAGCUUUGGGGCAUUUCGUCCGGGUAACUGUUCGUAGACGUUAUCGUUUGCUUGAUCUUUUCAAUCAAUUUUGGUUUGGGAAUAAAGAGUAAAACGUGA